AUGAAACUGACUGCAGUUCCUCUCUUGUUCUCUUUGGCAGAACUUGGAGUGCGGGGUGACCUGGUGUCCGUCAAGAAAUCCGUGGCCCGUAAUCAACUCUUUCCUCAAGGACUGGCUGUCUAUGCAUCCCCUGAAAACAGGAAGCUUUUUGAGGAAGAGAAAUUGCUGAGACAAGAAGGAAAAUUGGAGAAGCUGCAGACCAGGGCAGGUGAGGCGACAGUGAAAUUUCUGAAAACCUGUCGCUUGGAAGUGGGGAUGAAGAACAAUGUGAAAUGGGAGCUGAACUCUGAAAUUGUGGCCCGCCAAUUCAACAGGAAUCUUGGUGUUGUGGUAGCUCCCCAUGCAAUCAAGUUACCAGAAGAGUCCAUCACACGGUGGGGCGAGUAUUGGUGUGAGGUAACGGUAAAUGGACUUGACACUGUGAGGGUGCCCAUGUCUGUGGUGAACUUUGAGAAGCCUAAGACCAAAAGAUACAAGUACUGGUUAGCCAAGCAGGCAGCCAAGGAAAUGGCCUUCCAGAGCCCCCAGAUGUUCUGACCUGCCUCUGCCCCUGGCAGCCAGAUGCUUUCAAGACGAGGUUCUGCAGAGCAGAAUCAGGAGAGGUGGCAGGAAGAUGGAGCAGCACGCUGACCGCACUCUCACCUCGGAAUAACUACAGGAUUUUAGAGCGCGUAUAGGGACAUCAGACUAAACUGCACAUACAUGCUGAA